GCGAGAGACUAUCCUUACGACGAAGCGCCAUGGAACGCACCAUUCCCCAGGACCCAACAGAAGAAUACCUCGCCCUCACCCAAACACUGGGCCAACUCGACCGCGCCGAGCUUGAAACAAUCUACGACAGACUCAACCCGGUAACCCCGGAAUUCUUGGAUGGAGAAUGGAGCAUCCACCUUCUCGACACGGGACAUCCGGCCCAGGCCAUCGCGGAGGACGGGCUGCCUCUCGUCCGGACACUCUUCUCUUUAGAGGAGACUGAGAAGGUCCGUGAAAUCAGGUUCCACGGGAUCGGCGCCUGCGCUGUCAUUCCCGACGGCAAAGACAGGGUAGAUCGGUUUCGGUAUGUGAAUGAGAGUACCGUGGCGGCGACAAAUGAGUAUAAGCCCUAUUAUCGGGACUCUGGGGUUUUGCAUUUCUAUCUGACGCGUGUGGAUGGGUGAUCGAUAGGUGACUGGUAUGAUUACAAACCGUGUUGAUCUUGAUCUAAGGACAUG